CCGUAGUUGUAAAUCUCGGAAGUGCCGUUGUUUACGGAAUCAAGAGGAAACGUAAAAGCUCAUCAGUGUGCGACGAUAGAUCAAAGCGAAACCAUCCGGGUUAUUUGUGCUAAAAGACAAACGCUGCAGCUGACACAGACUCUAUUCGUGCCAAAUAUGGCAGGUUAAUGUUUUCAUGUAGUGCGUUUCAGGAGGUGUUCGAAUCUAAACUAGCGCAGCAGGCUAGUUAGCUAACAUGGGCAUCUCCAACGACUCAGCCGUUUGGUAACAUUCGCUAAAAAACACCAUCGGGUAAAUGCAGACAGUCGAAUAUAUGUGUACAAAGUGUUAAACACUGAGAGGUUUGCGUUAAGUAACGUCAGUUUUAAGAGACGGUCCGUGGAUGUGGUCAACACACGUCACUCACUCCACAGGAGCUUUUAACACGCUUCUACCCACUUUACUGGAAGUGAUCGGCUGAGUUUGUCACACACUGUUCCGUCAUAAUGGCUGAGACCAUAGUAACGUUUCAGUCCCAGCUGUCCGGUGUCAUGGAGACCGUGUUCAAGGCUGCCAUGUACGAGAUCACCCGGCUGGUGGAGGACAGCUUCCUGGAGGAGGUGACCCGGAGCAGGGAGCAGGUGGAGUCCCUGAAGAGGAGACUCCGGUGGUCCGAGAGUCGACGCAAGGAGAGAGAGGGGGACCGGAGAGGGAGGUGUGUGGACUGCGGGAGAGUCGAGGAGAGACCCAGAGCUACAGAGAAAGGUUUGAAACAAGAGAGUAUGCUGCAAGAAGGGAUGAAUUGCUCCCAGGGCACUGAUGCAGCGACACAUGACCAUGAAGUGGAAGACACAAAACCAGGGAGCCACUGUGCUAUGAGGGCAACACAGUCCCCAGGUGCACAAGGUGAAAAGUUGGAAAGACUGCUCAAGGAGGAAGCCCUUCACAUGCCGUCAGAAACCAAUGAGUCCCAAGAGAGAUGGGGAGUCAAUCUGGAUGAAACAGAUACAUCAGGUUUGCCAGGGCCCAGUAAACGCUUCAGUGACCAGAAGAUCCCAAAGUGUCAUGUGACCUGGGAGGCUGGCUUUGACCAGAGGCCAGACUCUGGCCAACAUGGACACUCGGGCGACCCGUCCGAACCACUUUUCCCAAACAGGUAUGACAUGGAAGACUUGGCUGGCUUUGACAAGACGGGCUAUGGCGAUGCCAGCAUGAUUGAAAUGGGCAACUUGGAUGGGUUACAAGUAUCACCGUCCCAUCUAGGUAAGGAUCUGAAUUACAUGGGGCACUAUGAGGGGAAUGUGGAAGCACCUGAGGACAAUGAGCAUCAAGCGUACCAAACAGGAGGAGUCCCACGGAACAAAAGGGUCAGUUCACCUGCAGGCUCACCCUCAAGGACUAACAUUAAUGUAAGUGGAGGAUUCAGCUGUUUAUUAAUUAAUGAGGAAGGCUAUCUACAGGACCCGGGUAUCUUGUACCCUGACCAUGUGUCAGGCGAUUCAGGUGGCAGAUUCCGAACUGACCCCACUUUAGACAGCACAGAGGAUAUGUAUGGGGCCUCAGAUUCAUAUAGUGACACCUUAAACCUGGGAGAGAGGCUGCAGCAUCAGGCAGCAGGGCGAGGAGGGAGGAGACACAUUUGUAACCUGUGCUCCAUGUCAUUCCCUGAUUCUGCCUCUCUCAAAGCUCACAAGCAGACCCAUAAAGGCACAGGACAAGGGCCGCCAUACUCCUGCACCCAGUGCGGAAAGACUUUCACUCAAGCCUGUAACCUCAAAGUUCACCAGAGGAUUCACUCGGGUCAGGGGCUCCACCUCUGCAGCCAUUGUGGAAAAGGUUUCCCUUCUUUCUCUGAACUAAAGACACAUAAAUGUGGCCAAACAGGCGACAAACCGUACUGCUGCACUGUGUGUGGGAACAAGUUCAGCCGACUCUGGAAUCUGAAGCUUCACCGCAGAAUUCACACACAGGAAAAACCUCACCGGUGCACCAUGUGUGAUAAGAGCUUCACACGGGCGGAUAUAUUGAAGGUUCACCAUCGCACCCACACGGGGGAAAGACCAUACUGCUGCGCUGUGUGCGGCCUCAGCUUCAAACGCCUCGACCAUCUGAAAUCACAUCAGCGCAAACACAUGUCAGACCUAGGAGCAGACACCGAGUCCGUCAUGUCGGACCUGGACUCUCUCAUAGUCACCUUUCAGACGCAGCUCUCGGACGUGAUGGAGUCUGUGGUGAAGACGGCCAUGUACGAGGUGACCAGGCUGGUGGAGGACGGCUUUCUGAAGGAGGUGGAGACCCUGAGGAUGCAGCUGCAGUGGACUGAGAAGAAAUUAAGUGACAGAGAGGGAGAGAAGACAGGGAGGUGUGUGGACUGCGCCAAGAAGGACGUGGAGCUGUCCCCAGACACAGCAGGGGAAAGGUGCGACCACCAGCAUGAUGAUGUGCUGAGGGUCUGUGCUGUGAAGAAAGAGGGGAGUCCUGUGGAAAGAUGGACACAAGGCCACAGACGAGAAGUCGUAUCAGAGCUGCCACAGGAGGCAGACAACGCUUCAGCUGCCCCCAGCCCGGAGAGGGAGUCCCAGGCAGCAGAAGAAGUGGAAGGGGUGCCUGCUGUGGAUGUGAAGGAAGAAGAAGGUACUAAGCCAUCUUGCUCAUCUGGGCAUUUGGGAGGGUGGAGCGAUACUCUUGAUGGCAAAGCAGGACUGGAAUCACAAAGCAUAACUGAGAGGACUGAGGCACAACCAAAACAGACUCCAGAGAACAGUGAGGAGCUGUUGAGGGAUAUCAUGACGCAAGGCCCACAGAUAUCUGCAGCAUUUUGUUUUCCUGAAGAACUAGAAGAAACGCACAUGGCUACAGAUCCAUCACAUAUCCCAGCUUUGGAAAUGGACACUAGUUGGACUGGGCUUCUGCUGAAUCACAGACUUGGGGCUGAAAAUGAUCAUGAUUCAGCCAAAACGAGAGCUUCUCUAAAGCGUGCAGAACACGAGCUGUCUGAAUCUGUAACAGCAGACGUUCACGCUCAGGCUACCCAGAAUGCAACGUCAGGAUGCUCUGAAGCUAGACUACAAAACAGCAAAACAUUGGGUGUGAAAAUAAAGCAGGAAAUAACUAUUGAUUCUGACGGCUGUGAGGAAAGUGAGCAUCCGGAAAAGAAAGAAAUUCCAAAGUCUGGAAUGAAGUCUUUCUCAUGCUCUUUGAAACAGCACAGACUGAGUUCAGAAGCACACAAACGGAACCACAUUUACCGUAAAGCCACUGUGCAGGAGGUUGUGAAGCUGCAUUCCAAAGCCGGUACAGGUCUCAAAUUGCAAGCAGCUAUACAGCACCUCCACAGACCAUUGAAAAAACACCCUCACACGCUCUCGAACAGCAGCACAGCAGCUUUCUCUUUAGGUCAUUCUCAGGUUGUGAACUCAAAUCCCCUCAGCAGAAUUCCUUCCACAUCCAAAGCCGCCCCACCUCCUCCUCUCUCGGCCCAGCGGGUUCACCUGGUAGACAAACAGGCAGCGCCACUCAGCCGAACCGGUGCCCCGUGGGUCAGCGUCAGAUCCCAGUCUUCCAUCUCACAUCACGCCAGCCCCGUACCCCACACAGACUCUCACACUGGCCCCAGGAACAUCCUGCGCUGCGGCCAGUGCGGAAAGUGCUUUCCACACCCCAGCAACCUGAAGGCUCAUCUGCAGACUCACACAGGUGAGCGGCCUUUCUGCUGCUCGCUCUGCGGUCGCAGCUUCACCAAGCUGAGCAACCUCAAAGCCCACCGCCGGGUCCACACUGGGGAGAGGCCGUACUGCUGCUUGGCUUGUGGCAAACGCUUCACCCAGAAAUGUAACCUGAAACGUCACCAGAGGAUCCACUUGGAUGUAUGAGGGUGGACAGAUAGUGACAAAAAUACACAAUUGCUGUUUGUUUCUUUGAGAUGCUACAGUGUUUCUUUUGCAGUGUAACUAUGAUGCAUUGCAAAAAUCCUUUAUGUGUACUCGUCUCUUGAAGUGAUCGUCCCAAGUUCUUCUGUGAUAUCCAGAAAGACUCAUGUAGUAACUUCUGGAGAUGUGUUAAUGUUAUUUAAAUGAUUUAAAGGCAGUUUGCUGUGAAAUGUAUUGUGCACAAAGAUAGGUCAAUUGUCACUUUUGGUCAAUAAAAUACUAUUUAUUCUGUGAA